AUGUCGCAAACGACCGGGAACGAGGGCGUUUGUGCCAUCUUCAUUCAUGCCGGAGCGGGCUUCCACAGCCACGAGAAUGAGCACAAGCAUUUGAAGGCCUGUGAAGUCGCUGCGCUCAAGGCCAUGGCAUUCUUGAAGGGUGGUGGCACCGCCGUUGAUGCCGUUGAAGCAGCUCUGAUGGUGCUUGAAGAUAAUCCGAUUACAAAUGCAGGGUUUGGGAGCAACUUAAACGCAAAAGGUGUGGUCGAAGGCGAUGCCUCGAUUGUCGAUCAUCACGGCUUAAGUGGAGCGGUUGGAGCUGUGCCCAACAUUAGGAAUCCAAUCAUGCUUGCUCGGAAGAUUUAUGACAAGUCAAAUGUGCAGAUGGGCAUGUCAAGAGUGCCCCCGAACUUCUUGGUUGGAGAAGGUGCCAAGGACUUUGCAUGGGAGCAUGGCAUAGUGAUUAUGCCGGAGGAAGCCUUGAUAUCGCCCGUCGCUCUGGAACGCUAUCAGGUAUGGGCUUCAGAAGUCAAUGAUUAUGAACAUGAGACCCGCGGCGAAGAGAUGGAUCCCUGGGUUCGCCGGCCCAUAACUCCCCUCGACAUUCGCAUUGAACGUCUCGAGCAUGGUUCUGAAGCUGGAGCUCAUCCUGCCUGCAAUGUAGCGGACGAGGAAAUAAGAACUCUGCCCGAUCCAAGCCUUUUUGCCGAUGUGAAGGGGCGCCCGGUAGCAUCACUGGAGAAUCAAACUCAGAAAAAGGCCAAGCUCACGAAGUCACAUCUACCCGUGCAGCCUGUCUCAUCUCUGACCUCCUUUCGAGAUGGUAGCCCCGAUGCUGCCGAAAUCGAACAAGAUGGGGAGGACUCGAUCACAGACACUGUUGGCGCGAUUGCCAUUGACAAGUAUGGAAAUAUUGCAGCAGGAUCUUCUUCGGGGGGCAUUGGCAUGAAGCACCGAGGUCGAAUCGGACCUGCGGCCCUAAUUGGCAUUGGCACCCAUGUUAUUCCACAAGACCCGACUGAUCCAGAUGGAACCACAUGCGCAGUCGUUACAUCUGGGACUGGAGAGCUCAUCGCCUCAACACUAGCGGCAAGUACAUGCGCGCAAAGGAUGUAUUACAGUCAGAAGAUGGGCGACAACGGUGUUUUUACCCAGGUCAUGGAGGAAGAAGCUCUCACAGGAUGGAUGAAAAGGGAGUUUAAUGAACACACUGCUGUGAGUAACAGCAUUCUCUUUGGAGCCCUCGGCGUGCUCAUUGUGAAGAAAAAUAAUUCUGGUAUUGAACUCUACUUUGCUCACAAUACCGACUCUUUCGCCAUUGCAUCUAUGUCCAGUAAUGCAAAAAGACCAUCUUGUCUAAUGUCGCGAGGCUCGCGUGGAACCAUUGCCCAGGGAGGUUGCCGAAUCAAGUUUCCAAGUCAU